AUGGUGGAAUUGACAACUACGGAUGAUGAUGAUAUCUUGAGUAUGUUUUUUGAUGAGGAGUUUGUUCCCCAUGCAUUUGUUGAUAUACUUCUAUCGAAUGCCCCAAACGAAGAUCAAAUUCAAACGCAAUCCGUAUCCUCACAACUAUUAACCAGGUUGGAUUUUUACACAAAAAACCUUACGAAGGAAUUGGAAAAUACGAUAUGGAAUUUGGAUAAAUUAUCCCAAACGUUACCAAGGACCUGGGCAUCUUCUGGAUAUCACGAAGAAGAAGACAGGGAUGGUUCACCAUUGUAUUCCACUGAAUCACUAAGAUCAUCCAAGCUUGAAUACUACUUAGAUACAUUGGCAAGUGCUGUAAGAGCAUUAGAAACAGGAAUGCAUAAUGUGACUGAGAAACUAAGUGAGAUAGAUCAAGAAAAUAAUGACAAUACCAAUGUAAGGCAGCAACUGCAAAGUUUAAUGUUAAUUAAAGGGAGAAUUGAAAAGGUGGUAUAUUAUUUAGAACAAAUUAAGAUCGUUACGAAUAUUUCGAAAACGAGAGAAAAUGAAAACACAACUAACGUGGGCACAGACCUUUCGAUAAACGAUUUUAGAAAAUCAUUGAAAGCGCUAGAGGAUACAAUCGAUGAAUCGCUGAGUUUGGCAAUAGAUAACGAAACUAAAGAUGAAACAAAUAUGGACCUGAUAAGGAGAAUCGAUUCACUUUCUGAGCUGAAAAGUCUGUUUAAAGGUCUGGAUAAGUUCUUUGCUGAAUAUGCUACCUUUUCAGAUGGCAUAAAAUCGAAAGCACAAAGUUAUUUAUCAACCAAGGAUAUCGAUGAAGGGCUAAUAUCAUAA